CCAUUCAUUGCCCCCCGACCCAGCUGCCCGGGUUUCAGGCCCGGCACCGCUCCAUGAAGUUUUCCCCCUGCACUGUUUGUUUUUCAGAUAAUUUCAGGCUUUAUUGUAUUUUAGAAGAGACGAUAUGAAAGUAAAACAAACGAAGAAUCAGGAGGAAGGAUCUUCAACCGAAGAUUCGUGAUACCUACCUCAUAACUUUUUUUCCUGUCUUUAAAAAUAUUAAGAAAAAUCACCCAGAGAGCCCUCCGCCCCUCCAGCGUCACACUAGACGAGGAUCCCGGCUAAGGAGCCGCCGCGGGGCCGUCGGGGGAGCAGAGAUGCGGUCACGACCGGCGCCCAAAGCUUGCCCGAGCAGCCGUCACCUUGAGGAAGCCUGCUAAGCCCAAAGGGGUUUUUGUCUGGCAGGGCGGCAAACGAACCCGUCCGCACAGACGGCAGCGGAAGGGCUGCUUCCCCGGACUGCCGGGCGCGAGCGGCCGGGCUCGGCGGCCUUGUUUCCGCGCGCUCUCGCCCACGCGCGGACUCCGGCCUCCUCCUCGGGACGGCGCUCCAGCCCGAGUCAGAAGCGUCUUCGACACCUGAACUCUCGGUGAGUUACACUUGCAACUUUUAAAGCUGUAUUUUGAAAAUGGGGUUGCUUAGUGGUCCGGGGAGGGCUCGGGAACAGCGCGCUGCAGGACUGCGGCGGCGGUCGCGGCCACCGGGCUCGCCCGUUCUCACGGCCCCGGACGGCACGGGACACCCCCGGCCGGGCCUGCCCCCCGCGCCGCCUCCGCGCGGCUCGCAGCGCCUUCCCUGCGGGCAGACAGCCGGCUCCGCCCCCGGGCCCCACCCCUUCCGACACCGCGCCUGCGCAGACGGUCCCCCGCGGUAUCACCCCCGCCCCUUCGACGCCCUGCGCGCGGGCGCUCGCGGCGUUCCCGUGAGGCAGUGCGGGGCGCGGAAGACGCUGCGGCGGUUUCUGAGGGACGAGAGCGGGGGUUCCUGAGGCAUACAUGCAUAACUGAGUCUCACAAAACCAAACCAGAGAUUGUGCCCCAAAUGUGGUACGGGUACCGUUAAUCUGCAUUUGCCACCGUCAGUGAAGUUCGCCCGGUUCCGUCAUCGUGGAUGAUUCACCGUUGUGUUUGUUGAAAAACAAGUAUUUUUUAUUCUCACGUUGAGGCUUUUUCUUAAACCCUAAGCCAGACUUUCCUCUGCACUAGGUCGGUCAUAUUUGGGUGUUGCUUCUGGUAUGAACGGCGGGUGCUAGUGAGUCAUUAAGGAUUUUAUGAAAAUGGAAAAUUACAAGGCACCUGUAGGCUUUGAUCUCUGUGCGAUGCCACUCUCCAGCGUUGCUCAGAAGAUUAUGUCUGCUAUACAUUCAGGUGAUUUAGUGGAGGCUAAGAACUGGAGAGAGAGUGGAAAGACUGCAGAACUGGUAAAUGAAUCUAGUGUUAAGUAUUCGGUACUUCUGGAAGAUGGGAAGACUCAGUUACUGGAGACAAAGACUCUUAAUUCUUUUACAAGCCAGAUACCAAGAGCUGCUGUCAAGCUCUGUCCUCAGUCUUCCAGUGUCAGGCCCACAGAUCAGCUGCCUACUGACCAAGAGCAGAUUGUCAGCUCACUGGGUCCUCCCAGUUUAGUUCCACAGUGUAAUCAAGAGGUUUCAGUCCUACAAACCAUGGAACACAAAGGAAAACACUUCCUGAAGGAAAAGAUAACUAAUGAAAAAAAAGAAAGCGUGAUUCUUAAAAGAAAACAUAUUAUAUGUAGUAAUUCAUCAGAGAAAAGAAGUAAACCCAUGGCUUUGGAAGAACAUACUGAUGAGGCCAAAGCUUACCUGAAUUCUGGGAACUCAAGAGCAUUCCAAGGCCAUUUUUGUGAUACUAGGUAUUUGGAUGACUUGGAGAAAAGCCAGCUGAUUGAAAUGCUUAAACAGGCAGCAGCCCUAGUGGUAACUCUGAUGUAUGAGGACGGUUCGACCCAGCUAAUAGGAGCUGACGAGGCUCUAGUUUCCUCUAUUAACGGGGUCGUGAUGUUACUACACAGCCACGUGGAAGAAGGCGGUGAUUCCUUGGACGCCCCAGCCUCUGCCUGUGUUCCGGAGGAAGGCUUCAUGUGCAGGGAUCACUGUUUCUACAUAAAAACAGAGCGCGCUUCCACCUGGGGCCGGGAACAAGAGGCACAUAACCAGUUUGCCAGGACUGUGCUAUUUCAAGCACUGAAAUGUAAAUGUCCUGUUAUUUGUUUUAAUGCUAAGGAUUUUGUGAGGACGGUGCUGAAGUUUUUUGGUAAUGAUGACAGUUGGAAGCAUGUUGCUGAUUUUGUGGGGCUGGACCCCAGAAUUGCUGCAUGGCUUAUAGAUCCUAGUGAUGCUGCCCCCUCUUUUGAAGAUUUAGUGGCAAAAUACUUGGAGAACUCCGUCUCAGUGCAAGUGAGCAGCACAUACAGAAAUUCCUCAAGAAAUACUGUGAAUCAGAAUAUACGUGUGAACCUGAGGAUACUCCACCGACUUACAAUGGGCCUUUGUUCCCGCUUGAAGGCUUAUGGCUUAUGGCAACUAUUUUGUACUUUGGAGCUUCCUCUGAUACCAAUUUUGGCAGUGAUGGAAUGCCACAAUAUUCGGGUGAAUGAAGAAGAAAUGGAGAGGACAUCAGCACUUCUUGGGUCUCGCCUCAAGGAACUGGAGCACGAAGCCCACUUUGUCGCAGGGGAACAGUUUCUUAUAACCAGUAGUAAUAGGCUCCAGGAGGUCCUUUUUGGGAAGCUAAAGCUGCACCUGCUGUGUCCAAGGGAGACUCUUCCCAAAACGGGGCUGCGGAGAUACCCAUCCACAUCAGAAUCUGUGUUAAAUGCCCUCCAAGACCUUCAUCCACUACCCAAGAUAAUUUUGGAAUAUCGGCAGGUUCACAAGAUCAAGUCAGCCUUUGUGGAUGGAGUACUAGCGUGCAUAAAUAAGGGCUGUGUCUCCUCUACGUGGAAUCAGACUGGAACUGUGACUGGAAGACUUUCAGCCAAGCAUCCGGAAACCACUGGGAUGCCAUUGUGGAAAUCCCCAAACUGGGAAGCCCAGUGCUGACCAGGAUGUGGAACAAAAGAAGCCCUCACCCACUGCUGGCAGCAACAUGGAACAGCCCGGCCUCUGUGGAAGGUGGAGGUUUGUUAUAAAACUAAACACAGACGCACCACUGAGGCUCUUCUAGCUAUUUACACAGAUUAUUUGAAAACUUAUAUGUUUGCACAGAAACCUACAUGAAGAUGUUUAUAGCAGAACACCCCUAAAGUGUGAGUGUGAUAGUGACUUCUUUCCAAAGACUACCAUGCGGAAGGAUAGAAAGGGAGGAAGUAAAAAGGGAACUUCCCGGCAGGUACCCUGGCUGCCCGACCUCAGCCAGGUGCUGAAGGGUGACAUCGCCCAUGAUGAUCUAGUGGGUAUCCUAUGCCCUUGAUAUGUGAGUUGAGAUGGCGCUUCAUCUCUGCGGUUUCUUCUCCCAAACUCACUGCCCCAAUCAACCAAACUCAAACUGAGAGACAGUCUACAAUACAGCUGAGCAGUACUGCUCCACGUGUCAAGGUCAUCAGAAACAAGGAACGCCUGACCAACUGUCACAGCCGAGGAGCCUGAAGGAGACUGACUGGGACUUAACCCAAUGUGGUGCCUUGACGGAAUCCUGGAAGAGAAAAGAAAAAGAAAACUGCUGAAAUCCAAAUAAAAUGUGGAGUUAAUAAUGUAAAAAAAAAAAAUACACAUACACAGGAAUAUAUUUUCCUCCAGACUUUUAAUAAAACCUUAAACAUACACAUGCAUAUCCAUACAUAUGUACACAGACAUGUGAUGACUUUGUCAUUAUUUGUUUUACAGAACUAGCAUUCUGUUUUCCUGCCUCUUGUUUGUCUCUCGGCAACAGCUUGUGCAGUCCCUGCAGAGCCCCAUUUCCCUCUCAUCAGUGUGUAUUCUGCUGUUCCUCAGGCAGGCCUAUGCCGGGGCACACGUGUUUCACAUUCAUUUCUUGCCCUCUCAGAGUGAAGCUGCAAUAAGCAUCAUGCACAUAGGUCCUCGUGUGUUGGUACUUGUAUUUUUCUGGGGUAGAUUAUCAGGUGUGGAAUUCCUGGGUCAAGGAUAUUACAUUUUUACCUUUAAUAGCUAUUGUUAAGAUUGCCUUCCAAAAUGGUUUAGCUCUCAACAUCGCCACAAGCAAUGUGUGGCAGUAUUUUCUCCACUAUCUAUGGCAACUUUUCUCUCUAUUGUAGUGUCAUCUUAGCAAGGCUUUUCUCAGCUCCAAGAUUACUUAAAUAUUUACCUCUGUUUUCUUAAAGAACUUUUGUUCUAUCAUUUUAUUCACAUGUGGAACUUGAAUCCAGCUGCACAUUGUUUAACCACAGAUUAUGUAGGCUACAUGAUAGUGCCAUAAAGUGGUAGAGCUUGAAUUACAUUUUUUUAUUGAAAGCAUACAAAAUAUGCUUAAUAAUUUAAUAAGUCAGAUUAUAACUGUUUUUGAACAUUUCUAGAAAGCUAAUUUCUCACACAUACACUCUUCAAAAAGAAAGAUACUGUUAUCAGUUGACUCAUCACCACCCACUUUUGUGUUCUGCUUCAUGGUUAUUUCUAAUAAUAGAAAAGUGUGAAAUGUUUUUAUCUUUUGGUUGACCUUUAUUUGACUUUUUAAUGAUUUUGAGAUUCUACCAGGUUGUUCUGUAUUUAAACAAUUCAUUCCAUUUUAUUGCUGUGUGGUACAUGUUGUAUAUGUGUCCCGCAAUCAGUUUGUAAACUCACCUAUUGAUCAAUAUUUGGGCUGUUUACAGUUUUGGGAUAUUAUCCAGUUUGGGUUAUUACAAUGCACCUUUGUGCACAGUCCUUUUAUGGACAUAUAGUUUGUUUUCACUUGGGUAAAUACCGCAGAGAGGGACAGCUCAGUCACGUGGUAGGUGUGUGUUCCACUGCUCAAGAACCUGCCAAACGGCUUCCCAGAGUCAUUGUACCACUUGCCAUCCACAGUACCGGAUGAGAGCUCCAUUUCCUUCACAGCCCAUAGUACUUAUGGUCAGUCUUUUUAAUUUUAGCCAUUCUAAUAGGUGUGCAGUGGUACAUCAUUGUGUUUUUGAUUACAUUGGCUUAAUCACUAAUGAUUAUUUGCCAUCCAGUUCUCUUAUUCAGUGAGGCAUAUAGUCAAAUCUUCUGUACAUUUUCAUUGAUUGUUUUCUUAUCACUGAGUUUUGAGAGUUCUUUCUAUGUUCCAGAUAUAAGUCCUUUCUCAGAUGUAUACUUUGUAAGUAUUUUCUUCCAGUCUGUGGUUUGUCUUUUCAUUCAUUUGAUUCCGUCUUUUGAAAGACUGAAAUUUAAAAUUUUAAUGAAUUCCAAUUUAUCAAUGUGUUCUUAUAUGGAUCAUGCUUUGGUGUUGCAUCUCAGAAAGCUUUGCCUAAACCAAGAUCACAAAGGAUUAUCUUGUUUUCUUCUAGAAGUUUUAUAGCUUCUGAUUUUACAUUUAGGUCUAUGGUCCCUUUUGAGUUGAUUUCUGUAUAUGGUAUGAAGCAAGUGUCUAACUUUAUCCCUGUGUAAGUGGAUACCAAUUGUCCCAACACUACUUGUUGAAAAGACUGACCUUCCCCCCAUUUAAAUACUUCAGCUCCUUUGUCAAAAAAUGACAUCACCAUAAAUAUAAGGGUUUACUUCUGUUUUCUUAGAUCUGUGCAAUUGAUCUGUAUAUCUCCCAUACCAGUAAUGCAGUGUCCUGAUUAUCGUAGCUUUCUAGUGAGUAUUUAAUUUGGGUUAUGUAACUCCUUCAACAUUGUUUUUGUUUUUUUCAAAUGAAGGGAUGUGUUUGCCAUUCUGUAAUGCAUUUAGAGAAGUAUUUAAAAACAUCUAUAUUGACAGUGGUUAUAUGAGUGUUCUGUACAAGCUGCUUUGAGAACAGUGUUAUUGCAGGGAAUGGAUAUGGUAGCUUUUCUGAAAUGCACUUAGAGAAGUGUUUAAAAACACAUGUAAUAAAGAUGUUUAUAAAUAGGAGCUCUACGUGUGUGAUACUUUGGAAAGAGGUUAACAUCAGGGAAUGGACGUGUCGGCUCUUCUCUGAUACAUUUAGAGAGUGUUUAUAAACACUUGUGAUAGCGAUGUUGGUGAGCAUGACACUGCUUGCUAGAAGAGAACAUUUAUUUAAUUGAGAUAUAAUUCAUGUAUAUUAUAUUAGUUUGAAGUGUAUAGCUUAGUGAUUUGAUGUAUACAUACAUUAUGAAAUGAUCACUGGAGAAGUGUGGUUAACAUCCCUCACAACAUGGAGUUGCAAUGUUUUUUCUUGUGAUGAGAACUUUUAAGAUCUCUCUUGGCAACUUUCAUAUAUACAGCACAGUACAAUUUAUUCCAGUCACCAUGCUAUGUAUUACAUCCCCUGGACUUAUUUUAUUUUGACUAGGAGUGUGGAACCCCUCUAACAUUGUUCUUUUUAAAAGUAAUUUGGUUAUUCUGGGCCCUUUGUGUUCUGAUAUCAGUGUUAUAAUCAGCUUGUUAAUUCCUACAAAAAGUGCUGAGAUUUGCAUUAGCAUUACACUGAAUCUUCAAUUUGAUUUAGGGAGAUGAACAUCUUAAUAUUUAGUCUUCCAUCUUUUGAAUAUUAAUUUCUCCUGGCAAAACCAAGUAUGGGUCUGUCUAAAUAUUUUGUCAGAUUUAUCUCUUAAGUACUUUAUAUUUUUGAUAGGGUUGUAAAUUGUAUUGUUUCACCUCUCAGUUGUUCAUUGCUUGUUUAUAGAAAUACAGUUGAUUUCUAUAUUUUGAUUUUGCAUCCUACAACCUUAGGUCCAGUAAAUUUUAUUCUGCACAUUUCAUCUGAUUUUUCU